AACUAACUAGCCGACUAUACGAUCGGCUGGUUAACUUGUGGCCGAGCGACUCAGUUUCAAUAUAAAUAUAAGUGAAUUUCCUAACGAAAGCUUAUUGCUAGUCUUCCAUCGUCGCGAUUUUCCGCAGUUCCGCGCAUUUUCACACGCGUGUCGUGGCUGUCGAGUAGUUCGUGAACGGGUAUCCUGAACGAGUCUCUGGUGUACAAGAUUGCACAGAUAUUUUAGAAAGUGCGUUGUUUUUCGAUAAAAGGUGUUAUAAAAUAUUGUGAGCAACGGGAAGCUGUGUAAUGUGUAAAACGAGACGUUCAGGGAAUCAUAAGCACGUAAAUUGAUUGCAUGCAUUAGCUCAUCUGUGUUCACAAAAGGUGGUCCAUCAGUGUGUAAUAUCCUCGCUGCACCGGAAAAAUUGAACGAUUAUUGUAAUCUUUGUCGUGAAACAUCUUCAUCGUGUCGAUUUGUGUUUUUAAACGUGUUACGUGAUAGAUUGUUUGUUGUUUGGUUCCCCAUAUAAUCGCUUUGUAUCAUCAGUAUCAUCCACCGCAAGAUCCAAGUGGGAAAAAUGGAAAUCGAAAUUCAAAAUCACAUUGCGCACCUGGGCAAAUUUGCUGUCAAUAAGAGUGAAAAUGAUCGCCUCCUGGAUGAAGCAUGCACUAUGCUAUCGGAGUUACUUCCACCGUUGGGUCGUAUGGCUUCGAAGAUGUCGACCGUUAGCAGCGAUGCAAAGGGGGCGAUAGUCAAGCCUAGCUCCACUGACGAUUCUACCCUACCACUCGAUGAGGUUGACACGAACAUUUCGAUUGAGUUAAUUACGGAAGACGACGCCGAGGAUGUCCUGAAAUUGCUGAAAAAGUUCUUCUUCAAGGAUGAACCUUUGAACACUUUUGUCAACCUAGGAGAGUGCAAGGAACUAGAAAAAUAUUCCACCAAAAAUCUUCACGAACAUUGUUCUUUUAAGGCAGUAAAUGGACGAGGUGAAAUCGUUGGAGUAAACAUAAAUGGUUUGAUAAACAGGCCGAAAGAGACUGACGAGCCUCCAGCAAAACUAGCUGAUGGUUGUGAGCAUCCCAAGUUCAAGAAAAUCAUGGCUUUGAUGGACUACGUAGAUGAACAUUUUAACAUUUUUGAUUUGUAUCCCGACGUUGAUCGUAUGCUGGAUGUAAAAAUCAUGUCAGUGGACAGUAGAUACCGUGGCUUGGGAAUAGCCGGAAAACUGACUGAUCGUACCAUGCAAUACGUGAAGGAUAACAACAUCAAACUAGUACACGUUCUGUGUAGUAGCCAUUUCUCUGCCCGAGUAAUGGAAAAAUUGGAUUUCGAGGAAGUUUACAAGCUGGAUUACAGCGAUUAUCUGGUCAAUGGAGAACAAGUUUUCGACCCGGAGAAACCACACACUGCGGUUCGUAUUCUAACAAAAAGACUGGCCUAAAAUAGUUAUUUCAAGUAAAUUACUCACGCAGAUGCAAUAUGACUUUAGUUGUUGGUAAUACCGCACCAUGUGAAAACGAUUGAUGAGUUUUGUUGAAGUCAGUUUAUGUAGUUCAAUGAUUUCGAAACCCGUACUGCACAAAUUUUGGUCCGAUGGAGGAAGUCGCAUUACUAUGCCUUUUUUUUGCGAUCGUCGGUUUAUUAUAUUAGCUUAGCUUGUAAGUAUUGUCAAUUAACGGUGUUUGACAAGGUAUUCCUUAAUGUACAAUGUGAGAGCAAAAUAAGGUUGCAUAACAUAUAGAUUAUAGUGAUAUUAUGGAAUGCUGAGCAAAUCCUGUUUCGUGCCAGUAGCACUGGAUAUCCGUACUACUUUAGUUUUAUUUGAGAAUCCAUGUAGUGAUGAACGAUCAUUUGAUAUUAAGUUUCAAUUAUAAUUCGAUGUAAGCACAAAUGAUUUAUGUAUAAUAAAUGUAACGAAACUUGUGUUUAACAA